CCCCGCCGCUCGCCGUCGCCCCGUUGCCAUGGCUACGUAAGCGGCGCGGCCUACUUUCGCCGCGAAGCCUGGGGGAGACGUUUACCCGACGAACCGAAUCGGCCGACGGGGUUGUUGCAGCAAGCCGUUAUGUCUUUCCGCGAUCUCCGGAAUUUUACUGAGAUGAUGAGGGCUCUGGGCUAUCCCCGGCUUAUCUCCAUGGAGAAUUUUCGGACUCCAAAUUUCAUGCUGGUUUCAGAAAUACUCCUUUGGCUGGUGAAAAGAUACGAGCCUCAGACUGAUAUCCCUUCUGAUGUUGAAACAGAGCAGGACCGGGUUUUUUUCAUUAAGGCUGUUGCUCAGUUUAUGGCCACCAAAGCUCACAUAAAACUCAACACCAAGAAGCUUUACCAAGCCGAUGGCUAUGCUGUGAAGGAGCUGCUGAAGAUCACCACGGUGCUUUACAACGCCAUGAAGAGCAAGGGGAUGGAAACCACAGCUAUGGGCGAAGAAGACGUCGGCAAAUUCAAAUUUGAUCUGGGUUCCAGAAUCAGCGACUUGAAGACAGCCAGGCACCUCGCUUCAGAAAUCACUUUGAAAGGAGCGUCUCUGUAUGAUUUGUUGGGCAAAGAAGUGAUGCUGAGGGAACUGAGAACAGAAGCAAUCGGAAGACCUCUGGAGAUCAACGAAACCGAGAAAGUGAUGCGCAUUGCCAUCAAAGAUAUUUUGGAGCAAGUCCAGAAAACCAACGACAUGCUCAACAACGUGGCCGCUGAUGAAGCCAGUUUGGAGGCCAAGAUCGAAAAGAGGAAAUCGGAGCUGGAGAGAAACCACAAGCGGCUGCAAACCCUGCAGAGCGUUCGCCCAGCCUUUAUGGAUGAAUAUGAGAAAAUUGAGGAGGAGUUGCAGAAACAAUACAGCUGUUUCGUGGAGAAGUUUCGUAACUUGACACACCUGGAACAGCAGCUGGAUGACCAGCACCGCAUGGAGCAGGAGAGAUUUGAGGAAGCAGAAAACACCCUGCGGCUGAUGCAGAAUAAGCUGAAGGAGGAAGAGAAACGUUUGCUGAAGAGUGGAAGUCACGAUGACUCGGACAUGGAGAUCCACGAGGACGAUGGAUCAGACAGCGACCUGGAAGACCGGCAGCUGAUCAAGCAACGCACAGCCAUGGAGAUGCUGAUGCACGGGCGGCCGAGCAAACGGCUUGUUGGAACCAUGCAAGGGGGAGACACGGAGGACGAGAUCGGGGCAGCCCAAGCCCGAACCAAAAAGCGCAAAGCUUCCCGAGCCAAGGCAAAGGAAGACUCAGAGGAAAGCGAAAUUGAUCUGGAUGAUGAUGACGAUGACGAUGAUGAUGAUUUGGAAGAUGACAGCAUGGACAUCUCCCCCACCAAAGCCAAUCGGAGGGUCAGGAAGCCGGAGCCACUGGAGGAGAGCGAUAAUGAUUUCUGAGGAACCUCAACAGGGAUGACAAAUGACAACUUGCCCAUGACGUAUGAUGAGGCCAUGUUGAGGUAGUGCAAGCUGUCCAAGAGAGUGAUGAUAUAUAUAUCAUAGAGUAUAUAUAUAGGCCUCAAGGCUAUUAUUGCUUCAUGAAUUUCACAAGCUUUAAAAAUUGAGGACGCAAAAUUACACCAAACAUCAGAAGCCAUGGAAGUCCUACCAUGCUGAAGGUCAAAGAACCUCACAUCUUCAAGUUAACAGUCUAGAAACAAAAUCUCAGUCAGCGCUAGGAUGUGAUUCUCGGUGAUUUCAAAGAGCAGUUUAGGAUGAGUUAUCAGCUUGAGUUUGUAUCUACUUUACAGACUGCAGUUGAGUCUUGAAAACUCUGCGACAAGAUGAAAAAUAAUAAUAAUUUUUUAUCAAAGAUCAAGGCAAAAUUGUCAGUUGUGCAAAGUGGAGAAACCCCCUCCAAGGAGAAGCUGAUGGGUUUUGAGCUAUUCCAGGUGUUUGAACUCCCCAUUUGUCCUUGAAGCUAUUGGUACAUCCAAUUCCAAGUUGGUCCAUUGAGGAGAAACCCUCAUCAGAGAGUGGGGUGGAGGAGAGAAAUAGCUCUAGGGAAAAACAGAGUUUAUUUUAACCGAAUUAAUCAUAUACAACUCUAAUACCAUCCCUGGUCCGUCUGUAGAAGCAUCUCUUUUCAGAUUCAUGGACGUAUUUGAUAGACCAUUUUGCUCGUCAAGAAGUGUUAACCUUGUUCUGUACUGACGUCUCCUUGGUUCACAACUCUAAGGCCAAUGACAACCUUCUUUCCUUCCGAUUUUGACUGUAACGUUCCUGCAUUUUGCAAAUAAACCCUCUUCACUUCC